AUGAACUCUAUCCUCGUCUCCCAAAUCAUCCGUCCCUCUAUCCGUCACUUCUCAGCCCACCGUCCUCGUCCCUCCUCUCGUGCUGCCCGCGCGGUCGCCAUGGCUUGCAUCGUGUCCGGUGUGGUACUUCCAUUUGUUCCACCUGCUCUGGAGAGUUCGCGACAACGGAGCUCCGGUCUGUCUACUAGAGCCAAGUAG